AUGCGCAAGGGUCUCGGCCCAACUUGCCGAUGGCACGGAAGUGCUACGAAGGGGCUCGGCAAUGACUGUUGGGGAGCCGCGGUGGAGAGUGCCGAGGGUGAUGCAAUGGCCAAUGAAGAUGACGAGGAUGGGAAAUUCGGAAGAGCAGGAGGAGGAGAGCGGGGGGCUGCCGCAGGAGGGAAGACGGUGUUGGUCGGGGUGAAUUUGGAUUCUGAAAGCAAGGAAUUGCUCACUUGGGCUCUUGUUAAAGUUGCUCAACCGGGAGAUCGAGUUAUCGCUCUUCAUGUACUCAAGGAUCCGGUCGAAGCUCGAUCCGGCGGUAAAUCUUCUGUUGUUUGUUUGGUGAACACAUUUGACUCUGUUAUUUCAGUUUAUGAAGGCUUCUGCAAUUUGAAGCAGGUAGAUCUUAAAGUGAAGAUCUCCCGUGGAUCCUCUCUUCGCAAAACAUUAGUACAGGAAGCAAAGGAGUUUGGUGCAUUAACUGUUAUAAUUGGCGUAACCAAGAGCACCAGGCUUGGGUCGUCUGUUUCAGUGGCCAGAUAUUGUGCUAGACAAUUGUCAAAUAUCUGUUCAGUUCUAGCUGUCAGCAAUGGGAAGGUGUUGUUCAAGCGAGAAGCAUCAGGAGAAAAUUGUAGAGGAGAUCUAUCACGCAGAGCUAGAAUAUUUGGCGCGAUACACCGGACAUUAGCCAAGAGUCCAAAAUCCAUGAGCAGUGGUUCCGAUGAUGCAUCAACAAAUGAAGGCAGUGGGAAAAAUUCUGACUUUGAAGCAUGCUCUGAAUCAGGUGACUCACCUCAUUGCUGUUGCAAAGCUUCAUCAGGCAGUACAGAUUUGGCCUCCUCAACAAAUAUUCAUGAGGAUAUAGUCACUGCUGAUGCCUUCGAGUUGAAUAUUCAGAGAAAAACCUGCCAGAUUUGCAUGAUGGAUUUGGAUGGACAAAAGCAAAACAAUGGUUCUGGUGAUCAUGACAAGAAAGGCUUUUUAGCUUAUGAGCCUUAUGCAAGUGACUCGUCAUCCACAGAAGAUCACAACAAUCCACUAGAAUUGCCUCCUUCACUGAAGUUGGAAGCUGCUUCAAGCUCCAUGUCUCUCUUGAUGAGAGAGAUGCCAGAACUGAGAUCUGGUUGGCCGCAUCUGAGAAGAAAGAUACUACCAAAAAGGAGAACUUCGGAUUCUACGAAACAGAUCCCCGUAGUUCAAUGGGCAGCACAGUUGCCAAGUAGGUAUACUGCUGCAUUAAGUUCCAACAGCAGCCCUGUGAAUACAAAUACUUCCACUGCUGCCGUUGACAAAGUUCAUGCUAGUAUUGGAGGUAAGGAAUCAGAUCAAUUUGGUAAUGCAGAAGGUGAACUCCAGAAGGACUACCACAAAGAGCUGCAGAUUUUUUGUGAAAAGCACGCUUCUACUUGUAGACUGUUCAGCUAUGAAGAACUUGCCAGCGCCACAUCACAAUUUUCAUCAGAAAAUCUGAUUGGAAACGGAGGAAAUAGUCGCGUCUACCGGGGUCAUCUUUCUGAUGGUAAAGAAUCAGCCAUAAAAAUUUUGAAGCCAUCAGAUGAUGCCUGGAAAGAAUUCAUGCUGGAGAUAGAGAUAGUCACAUCAGUGAAGCAUGAGAAUAUACUUUCCUUGGUUGGUUGUUGUUUCGGAGGAAGUAAAUUUCUACUUGUUUACAAUUUUGUAUCUAGAGGAAGUUUAGAAGAAAGCCUUCAUGGUUCGAAGGAUAAAACUUUAUCAUGGGCAGAGAGAUGUAAGGUGGCAAUUGGUGUGGCUAAGGCACUUGAUUAUCUUCAUAAUGGCAAUUCUCAUCCAAUCGUGCAUAGAGAUGUGAAAUCAUCAAAUGUUCUUCUCUCUGAAGCAUUUGAGCCCCAGCUAUCUGAUUUUGGCCUGGCUAAAUGGGCAUCCACAGCUGCUCAUAUAACAAGCAGUGAUGUUGCUGGGACAUUUGGGUACUUAGCACCUGAGUAUUUCAUGUAUGGGAAGAUAAACAGCAAGAUUGACGUAUAUUCUUUUGGUGUUCUCCUCCUUGAGUUGUUGUCCGGAAGGAAGCCAAUUAGCAACGAGUACCCAAAAGGCCAAGAAAGCUUGGUCAUGUGGGCAAUGCCAUUUCUACAAAAAGGAGAGUUUGCCAAGGUCCUUGAUGCAGGUUUGGGUCAAAAAUAUGAUGCUGCACAGAUGCAGAGAAUGAUGUUAGCUGCUUCAAUGUGUCUAAGACGUGCACCAUGUUUAAGACCAGAAAUGGGAGUGGUACUGAAGCUACUGCAAGGAGAUGAAGACACAACCAAGUGGGCCGAAUCUCAAACCAAUGCUACUUCGGAGGAGUUUGAUGGUGUAGAUGAUGAAUCAUUCUCUACACUAGAUAUUCAGUCUUGUUUAGACCUUGCACUGCUUGAUGUAGAUGAUGACUCACUCUCCAUGUGCAGCAUGGAUCCAAGCUUUUCUUUCUUCACCAAAAACAGCUCUUUGGAAGAUUACUUGCGGACAAGAGGAAACCUCUCGGCAAGCUUUGGUUGAGCGUGAUUGCAGUGCAGAUGGUCCUGUAUAGUCCUUCUAUUGGUUCAUUCUUUCAGGUUUUGCACCUUUGAAGCAGGGCCUUGGACUGGAAGGUGGUUGGCCUAAGAGACGACCUCCUCCUUCCUUGUCUGUCAAGUAUUUGACAGACAUCUUUUGGUUGUCUGGCCUCGCUUAGAAUUGCAUUGCGAGCCUCUUCCCUGUAUCAGAGCUCUCUCUUCUCUCUCUCUCUCUCUCUCCCACCCUUGUCUGUAGGGGGCAAACUGCCCCUUCCGUUGGUUUUUAUAGAAAAGCAGUUACGUAAUUUUUCUGCUGAGUGCUAAAAGCAUGCUUGUUGCAUAUUUUUCAA